UAGUGGAGCUCUGCUUUUUGUCGUUUACUUUUUUGGACCCAUCCGGUUUUAGUCGAAAAUCUGGUUACCUUGGCGAAGUGAUUAGUUUCUUAAGUGACUAAAUCAGAAAUGGAGAGACAUAAUAAGCUGCGUCGCUCGCACGACGCUAAUCAAAUUAUAUGCAGUGUGCAGCAAUCUGGGGUCGUGACCAGACGCGCGUGCGACCGUCGGCGACAUACCUACUCCUCACAGAUAUUCGCGAUACGUGUGUUGUGUACAUAGUAAGAACCGGUGUUCCAACUACGUAAUUCUAAUUCAGUAAUUAAUUAGUAUAGUAUCGGUUCCGGCGGUGAGUCGGCGGCGCUUUCUCUCACGCAUCGAGCACUGUGCAGCGCGCGGCCGCCCGCAGCGGACAUGAGCGCGCCGGCCGCCCCCGCGCCCCCCGCCCCCCUCCCCGCCGCCGUCCCCCCCGCGCACCUCAUCCACAUCGUGGAGCCGCUGGCCGAGGACUGCCAGCGCGACCUGCUGCCGCCCGAGGGCAACGUGAAGCUGCGCAACUACCGGCUGCUGGGCGACAGCGUGCGCGCCUACACGCCCACCGGCGACAUCCACACGUCGCCGCGCAAGGGCAAGCUGGUGCCGCGCUACGACGUGCUGGCCGUGCUGUCCCCCCCGCGCGCGCGCAUCCUGCAGCUGCUGCGCGCCUCCGACCCGGGCCGCGCCGCGCUGGAGGACAUCGUGCGGCCCGCGCCGCGCCGCGCUCUCGCGCGCCCGCUGGACGACGACGCGCGCCGCUUCCUGCAGCGCGCGCUGCUGUCGCCCAGCCCGCAGGGGCUGUCGGCCGCCAACACGCCCGAGCCCGCCGCCGCGGCCGCGCAGACGCCCUACGCCGCGCUGCACUACCCGGCGCGCAGCGACACCCUCACCGUGCCCACCGCCGCCCCAUGCGACUCCCUGCACGUGCCCCCCGCGGCCCCGCACGCCGCGCUGCACGCGCCCGCCGCGCCCUGUGACACGCUGCAAGUGCCGACCGCCGCGCACCUGCACGUGCCUGCUCCCCACCUGGCGGUGCCGGAGCAGCCCGCGCCGGUUUCGGUGCCGGCGGGGCGGCGGCGCGCGGACAACACGGCGGGGCGCUCGCUGGCCGACGAGCUGCGCGAGGCGGAGGAGGGCGGCGGCGGUGACGACACGCGGCCGGAGCCCCCGCGGCCGGACGCGUGGGACUGGCGCGGGCGGGCGGGCGCGGCGGCGCUGGCAGUGGCGCGGGAGGAGGGCGGCGGCGCGCUGUCGGCGGCGGCGCGGCGGCUGGACGCGCUGCUGGAGGAGUCCCGCGCGCUGCACGCCGAGCUGGCCGGCAUCAGCGAGGACAUGCAGCUAUGCAUGGUGCGCGCGGCGCGGUGCGCGGCGGCGGCGCGGGCGCUGGGCGCGGAGUCCACCACCCUGAGGUUCCUGGACGACGUGGUGGCGCUGCUGAGCGGCAACGUGGCUGGCGCCGUGCGCGCCCGGCAGUGGCCCUUCGUCAUAGGGGACCGGGACGAUAGUAGGAACUAUGUCGUUUGAGGACAGAGAUCACCAUUAUGACCGAUAACUGCAGUGAACCGGCAGUCGUCGAGGUAAACAACAAAUAAUACAUAGAUUUAACAUAAUAAAUACAACUAGAUUUAAUUGGAUGAUAUUGGUUUGAAAAAAUACAAAUGAUAUCUAUGUAAAGACGUAGUAGGUACUUACAAAAAAUUAGGUAGUACUUUAUUACUUAGUAACAUACUUUAGCAACUGCUACCUUUUUAGUUAUAAAAUAAAUUGAAGCUGUUUCCUCAAGUACAGAAAUUCUAAUCGAAGUUAAUCCAUAAUAGUAUGCGCUAUAGUUGACAUCGAAACAUUAUAAGAAUCUCUAUCAGACUUAUGAGACUGAAUGGUUAGUGAUGUAAAUACUUCACUAUAAUAAUGUUAUAUAACUUAUACUAAUUUAGAGAUUAAAGGAGAGUCAAUAAUGUAAUUUAGGUCUAAGCAUAACAACUACGAAGUCUCUAGAAAAUACAUAAUUCAGAUCUCUUA